AGAAGCUGUGGUGAAUUUAGCAGACGCCUGUUCUGCCGCAGGUCGCUCUCCACUGAAAGUCCACGGAAACUAAAAACAGCCAGAAGUUGGGACGCCAUGACGACAGCGACACUAGCGUUCGGUCGUGCUUUUCGCCAGCAUUUCUACCACCAACCGCCAAGAUCGCGACAGGCAACAGCAUGGCAUAGCCUCCGUAGCAUGGCACUCCGGCUUCGGUAACGUUAUUUCUUGCCACUUCAGGACCACCUUUGAUGUAUGAGCGGGUAAAACGCUAGACACACCAGUUGGAGAUGCGCUCCACGCACCACAAUUUGCACCGCCUAAUCUAUCAACCUUGAAUGGUGGCGCCACCUUACGACCACUGUAAUCUACCGACGCUACCAACACUCAGAGCCAACUCUACGACGACUCUACCAACUCUACGGCGAGGAGGAAGGAAGAGCGAAAGAAAGCAGCGCAUCUGCGGGACGCGACGUUGGAAUCGCUGUCGCAGCUGCUCGGCGUGGUCUACUCAAGAUUGUCCUUACGUGCCGUAACCUCUCCUGCCCGUGCCUAUCUCUCACCCGAGAAAGAUACGGAACGAGGCACGCUGGCGUCAUGUUACUGCGUUGCUCAGACCACCAGAGGCGACGGUCAGCAGCCACGACGCCGCCGUCGCCGCCGCAUCGGAGUACUCCGCUGAUCUGACUCGGACGUCCAACUUCGUCGCGGGGUGCUGGUUGCCCCGCGCUCCGUCGUCGUCGUCGUCGUUGUUGUGCCGAUCUUCCUCGACGGGAAGGGCGGACGUCGCGAGACCAUGGCGACGACUACCAUGCUCUCGAUUUUCACGGACAGUAGCAACGGCAGCGGCCCGGUUGCGGCGGCGGCGACGAACGAGACCGACGUCGCGUACCUGGCCAGCGGCCCGAUCUGCCCGAGCUGGCUGCCCACCAACCACCUCCUGUUCCAGCUGUCCAACAUCUUCCUCUUCCUGUCGUACAUGGCCCCCGGAGGCAUCCACGGGCUGCUGUACCUGCGCAUCUGCCUCACGCUGGGUAGCUUCUUCUUCGCCCUAUGGGGCUACGUCAUCCUGUGCGCCUUCGACACGCUCGUGUGGAACGCCUUCUUCACGCUGCUCAACCUGGUGCACGUGUGCGUGCUCAUGUACAUCCUACGGCCCGUCCGCUUCUCGGCCCAGAUGGAGACUCUGUACAGGGACAUGUUCCAGCCCCUCAAGGUGUCGCGGCAGCAGUUCCAGAGCGUCGCGGGCUGCGUCAAGGAGACGCUGGACCUCAAGCCCCGCGAGAACUACUCGCUCGAGGGCGUGAGCCGCGCGGACCGCCUCACGCUCGUGCUGGCCGGCAGGCUUCUUGCAUCUCAAAAUGGCCGAGGGCUUCAAAUAGUCGACAAGCACGAGUUCUUGGACUCUCCCGAGUGGUUCGGUGUCUGCAGCACCGACUACUACCAGGUGACCACCACAGCCUUAGAGAAGUGCCGAGUGGUGGUGUGGAACAGGGACAAGCUGAAGCUGACCAUCAGCGGCGACGCCUUCCUGAAGGCGGUCUUCGACAAUGUGGUGGGCAAGGACGUGGUUAAGAAGCUGCUCUUUGUCAUGGAGUCGUCGUCCAACGGCGUGGUGCACGAUCCGGAUUCGGUCUCCGAGAGCACCAAGCUCCUGAUCCAGAUGAAGAACGAAAAGAGCGGCAUGGGCGUGCUUCUCAACAGGCAGUGCAGGGUUGUGUUUCUAAAUACCUUCAUGCCUCAGAUCCGGGUUCAAUUCUUUUGUUUUAAUUGCCAAAGAGAAGGAAAAAACGUCCCUCAAUACGGUAUCGAGACGGUGCCCUGUCCCACGAGAUAA